AUGAACGACUCAUACCUGCAGAUCCUUAAAGAGCAGAUAUCUGCGAACACUACAUCUUUGCCGCCUUCCAAUGGCAGUACUGCGGAUUCUCCAUCGGGGGCGCUGUGUGAGCAGGUUCAGAUCCAGGCAGAGGUUUUUCUCACCUUGGGUAUCGUGAGUCUACUGGAGAACAUUCUUGUCAUCUCAGCAGUUGUAAAAAAUAAGAACCUGCACUCUCCAAUGUACUUUUUCCUGUGCAGCCUGGCUGCCGCAGACAUGUUGGUGAGUGUAUCAAAUUCUCUGGAGACCAUUGUCAUUGCAGUACUAAAUAGCCGCCUUUUGGUGGCCAGCGAUCAUUUUGUGCGAUUGAUGGACAACGUUUUUGACUCGAUGAUUUGCAUUUCACUUGUGGCAUCCAUCUGCAACCUUCUGGCCAUUGCGGUUGACCGCUACGUUACCAUCUUCUACGCCCUACGCUACCACAGCAUAGUAACUGUACGAAGGGCAAUGGUCGCCAUAGCUGCGAUUUGGCUGGUUUGUGUGGUUUGUGGGAUCGUCUUUAUAGUGUACUCAGAAAGCAAGACUGUGAUUGUGUGUCUCAUUACGAUGUUUUUUGCAAUGCUGGUUCUCAUGGCAACACUCUACGUACACAUGUUUUUACUCGCCAGACUUCACGUGCAACGAAUUGCCGCCUUGCCCCCUGCAGUGGCCGGCGCUGGCAACCCUGCCCCACGUCAACACAGCUGCAUGAAAGGAGCGGUGACUAUCACCAUCCUGCUUGGCGUGUUUGUGUGCUGCUGGGCGCCAUUUUUUCUCCAUCUUAUUCUGCUGGUGUCCUGUCCACAGCACCCACUGUGUUUGUGCUACAUGUCCCACUUCACCACUUACCUGGUCCUCAUUAUGUGCAACUCUGUGAUUGACCCUCUUAUCUAUGCCUGCCGCAGCCUUGAAAUGAGGAAGACUUUUAAGGAGAUACUCUGCUGCUUUGGAUGUCAGUCCAAGUGAAAAACUGGAAGAAAGAAAGAGACAAAACUGAGACAUUUAAAAUGGUUAGAAAAAUCUGUGUAGGGUUUACCUGUUGAUGUUAGAUGAAGAAACUGAAACAUGGGGGUUAUUAUGAUCAUGAUCUUGAAGCUUGUAUAGCAUCACAGAGUAUACGGAAACCUCAGGUACCAUUAUUUGUGGAAAACCGUGUGGACUCUAUGUCAACUGAAGUGCAUGACUAUCAAGGUUAUAUAAUUGAAGACGAAACCAAACCCAGCUCCUACAUGGAAAUAACUUCUGGAAUGGCACUAAAGUCCUGUUAGGGGAGCCCGCGCGGCUCUCCUGAUUUUGCCAAAUGGUAGAUGUCCUCAUGGCAACAUUAUGUUGACCCUGGGACAACAUUUCCAUCAACCAAUCAGAUUUCAGAAAUAAGUUUACAGUUUGUUUUAAGUUAAAGCUUACAACCAGGAUUAGCCGUUUCUAGACCAUUGUUUUUUACCGAUCAUCUCCCUCUGAUUUUAAGGUUUGGUUAUGGUUGGGGUUUAGGGUGGGUUUAGGUUUAAUUUAGAAAAAUGUUGUCCUUGGGUCAACACAAUAUAUUGCCCUGAGGACAUCAACCACUUAGCAAAAUCAGUUCGCCACUAGGCGGCCAUCUUUGCAACACCUCCGGGCAGUUAUUUCAGUCAUGCAAGAUGCAGAAGUCCUAUCUACUUUAAUGGCGAAGGACUGAUAUUUCUAAAAUCAGUUACCAUUCAACAACAUAUUUUCAAUCAACAAUUAAACCUGACAUGCGUACAGGUUAGCAAGCACCUGUAUA